GCUCACAAUGUUGUUUUUGUGGUUAAGUUUUUUUGUUUUUGUUUUUUGAAAUGUAAUGUUUUUACAUUCUAUUUCAAUAAGGUAGCUGAAGAUGCAUUAUUGUGCACAUUAAUGGGCCGAUGAGAAAUGCUGGCAGUAUAUACUGAUGCACCAGGAGGACCAGAAAACCUUUAUUUAAAAAAGGUGCCUAGGCCUGAGCCAGGAAACAGAGAUGUUCUUAUAAAAGUCCGUGCCAGCGCUCUGAACAGAGCUGACUUAUUGCAGAGAAGAGGAAGGUACCCUCCUCCUCCAGGAGCCAGUACAAUAUUGGGUCUGGAGGCUGCUGGGGAUGUAUCAGGUCUGGGAGCUGGCUGUAGGGGCUCAUGGUCGGUAGGAGACAGGGUCAUGGCACUGCUGUCAGGAGGAGGGAAUGCACAGUAUGUCACAGUGCCAGAAGAUCAUGUGAUGGCAAUUCCCAAUCACAUGACCUUCUCCCAGGCCGCUGCUAUUCCCGAGGCCUGGCUGACAGCCUAUCAACUGUUGCACCUUGUAGCUGAAGUACAAAAGGGGGAGACAGUGCUUAUCCACGCUGGAGCCAGUGGCGUUGGAACAGCCGCAAUUCAACUGUGCCGCUUGGCAGGAGCUGUUCCCAUAGUAACAGCAGGCAGCCCUGGCAAACUGAAGAUGGCAGCAGAGCUUGGGGCAGCCGCCGGGUUUAACUAUAAAGAGGAGGAUUUCUCUGAAAAUACCCUGGCAUUCACAAAGGGUCAUGGUGCGAAUGCUAUACUAGACUGCAUCGGUGGAUCCAAUUGGGAGAGGAACGUGAAGUGCCUAAGUACUGAUGGCAGAUGGGUAGUGUAUGGGAUGAUGGGAGGAAGUGAAGUGCAUGGAGAUAUUCUGGGAAAGCUGCUGUUUAAAAGAGGACGUCUCCUUACUUCUCAUUUGAGGUCACGCAGCAUGGAGUAUAAAGCCAAUCUGGUGAAAUCUUUUAGAGACAAUGUGCUGCCACACUUCUCACCCGACUUACCAACUCCACUUCAGCCAGUAAUUGACUGUGUCUUCCCAAUGGACCAGAUCGCCGAUGCACACAGUUACAUGGAAGCCAACAAAAACACUGGCAAAAUUAUAAUAAGCAUAGAUCCUUCAACAUAACAAUAAUCCUGAAAUCCAGUAUAUUUGUGAUAUAAUAGAAUAUAACUUGAUCUAAAAAAUAAUUAACAUUACGUAAUGAAUAAUAACUGCACGUUAUGUAAUAGAAUAUGAAUAAUGUAUGACAUGUUAAAAUAAAAUACACUUACAUUCUCUUA